AUGGAUCCUCAAGAAUAUGAAAUCGAAGAAGACAUUGAAGUGGAGGAAGGUGGUGAAGAACACUUACCCCGCCCUAUUUAAUAAUGAACACAAUCAUCAUUUUUUUCUCGAAUUUUGAUGUUAUUUUUUCUUUACUUAAAAUAGUGUAAGAAUUUUAUAAUAUUUUUUUGAAAUUCGGAAAAAAAAAUAGUAAAUUUUCACACAAAAUUAUAUAAUUUAUACUUAAAAAUGCUUAUUAAGAUUUUUUAAUGCUUUUAUAUAAAAUAUUUGAUGUCUUUCUUUGAUUUUUUUUUAUUUUCUUUGCUUAUGAUCUUUUAUAUCCUCUAACAAAAAAUUAAUUUUAAAAAAUAUAUUCACUAACUCCCCCCCCCCCCCCUCCGUGAGCGAACAAAACCAUUAGAAAAAUCACCAUUUUUUGACCAAAAACCCACCCUCCGUGAGCGAGCAAAAAUUUUUUUAAUAGAAAAAAUUUUAAUGGAAAAAAAUUUUGAUAUAUAAGUGAUAAUUAGUAUAAUGAAAUCUAGAGCUAAUUCUGUUUAAUUUUAAACAAAUUGCGUUUUAAAACAUAAAUUUUGCAAAUUAAAUUAAUAUUUGCUUCCCAAUUUUUGCAAAUUAGGAUUUUUUUAAAUUUCGAAAAAAAUAUUUUUUAUAAAAUUUAUAUAUAAAUUUUUUUUAAAAAAAAAAAAUUAACCCCCCUCCGUGAGUGAACAAAAUUUUUUUUGUUCGCUCACGGAGGGGGGGGGGGAGUAAAUAAAAAUGAACAAAACGGAUAGUUAAUUUUAUGGAGUGGGAGCUAGAAAAUGACUCUUUUAAUGGGAUGUCUGAAGAUGAAUUCGAAAUUUCUGCUUCAGGAACUUGCAUGGAAGACGACUUAUUUGAUUUGACAAUUGGGAAGCUAGAAGACAUCGUGGUUUCAGAUGAGUUCACCUCCAUUCAGCAAGGUUUCAUGAAGAAGUACAGCUCAGAAUUUACAGACGAGGAAGAGAACAAGUUGAUCUAUAUGGAUAUUUUCCAAGAAUAUCUCAGGACGAUUGAAAAAUACAUUGAAACACAUCUGGAUGUGGAUAUGAACCAUUUUGGAAGGAUGCUGAGGAACAGACAGGAAGAAAUUGAUGGCCCACUGUUUGAAAUGCUCCUGAGCUUCACUGAUUUCACGGUCUUCAAGGAGCUCAUGCUAACUCUUUCGCCAUUAAGAGCGGGCUUUAAUCAUUGGAAAAAUCCCUUUUGGGAAAAUUAGCUCUCUUUAAGAGCUAGAAAAAAAUUACAAUAAAAUUUUUUGUAUAAAUUAUUUUUUAAAUAUAAUUAAGUAAAUCAUUAUAAACAGAUCUCUAGUUAAUUCUAUUAAAUUUUAGUCCAUAAAUUUAAGUUAAGUCAGAUUUUUCAAAUAUUGCAAUUUAGAUUUCAAAAAGUUUUUUAUGCACAAUUUUAAUAUAAAAAUAAAAAAAAAUUUAAUCUUCAAUUAAGAGAGAAAAAAUACCUUUCUUAAAGGGAGAAAUAAGCAAUAAAGAUAGCGGGUCGCUCCAAGUCAGUGGUCAGAGGUAUGCAAUUCAUUCAGAUGAGAUGACUGAAGGAGAAAUUCGCAUGGACUUAGAUGGUUUGUGUAUCAGCAAAAUCCGCUAA